UCACAGAGGCAGAGAGGUGGAAAAGUCGAGAGCAAAGUACACCAGGUUUUUAAAGAUGGGUCUGAGACUGUGAGCCUGGCACCAAGAUGUUGGAAUGAUGCUGUCCCACGUUUUUAAGCGUUUCUUCAGGACGUCGCUCCUGAUUAUCCUGACUCUACUGGGUCUGGAAAGGAAAUUAUGUAAAUAAGGUUUUUGGGAAUCAAAUCUGGAGGGCAUGUAGAAAAUGUACCAUUUUCUGCCCAGGUUAGGUGCAUACAAGCUUAUGUUGGGGUUCCUGUUCACCUGCAUCACAAUGAUGUUGUACUCUUUUUCAGUGCCAACAUUCCAGUCCAACACACCAAGAUUGCCACCCCCAUGUGCAAAUAAAACCCCAACAUGGCAAAAGAAGAAUGUCUCUUUCUCUACACAUGAGGUGCAGAACUGUGUGCCAAAAGUAAACUUGAUGUUCCUGAAAACUCACAAAACUGCAAGCAGCACUAUUCUAAAUAUCCUCCUGCGCUAUGGGGAGAAGAAGAGGCUGAAGUUUGCUCUUCCCAAUGGCCGCAAUGAUUUUUCCUAUCCCUCUACCUUCACACGUAUGAAAGUGAAGGAUUACAGACCAGGCGCAUGCUACAAUAUCAUCUGCAAUCACAUGCGUUUCAAUGCUCCAGAAGUUGAUGCCCUUCUACCAAGCAAUGCAUUCUUUUUCACUAUCUUAAGAGACCCAGCUCUGGUCUUUGAGUCCUCGUUCCACUACAACAAAAGAAUCGUGCCAUUUACAUGGAGGAUCCAUGGUAAGGAUAAACUGGAAAGUUUUCUGAAUAAUCCACAUCUCUACUUUGACUCAGAUGGUUUUAACUCAUUUUAUUUGAAGAACCUUCAUUUUUUCGAUUUCGGUUUUGAUAACACAUUGGAGCCAGAGGAUCUGAUAGUGGACAGCGCCAUUAGUGCCAUUGCGGAGCGAUUCCAGCUUGUCCUGAUAGCUGAACAUUUUGAGGAGUCACUUAUUCUGCUCAAGGAUGCUCUCUGCUGGGAGAUAGAUGACUUGUUGUACUUUAAAAUGAACACACGCAGACCAACUAGUGUGUCCCAGCUCACGCCCAAGCUGAGGGCCAAAGCACUUGAAUGGAACGGAGUUGACUGGAAGCUCUACCGUUACUUCAAUGCCACGCUCUGGGCCAAAAUUGACGCCUACGGGAGGAAGCGCAUGGAGAAAGAGGUGAAAAAGUUGCGCCAGAGGAACAGCGAGAUGGCAGCCAUCUGCAUUAGCGGUGGGACGGCCGUGGCGGACGAGGACAUAAGGGACCAAAGCAUGAGGCCCUGGCAGCCUGUUGGAGAGAGCUCUAUUUUGGGAUACAACAUGAGGAGCAAUAUUGAGCAGCAAUACAGGGAGCUCUGCCGAAAGAUGCUAACGCCUGAAAUUCAGUACUUGACAGACCUUGGAGUGAAUCUGUGGAUGACCAAAUUAUGGGGAUGGUUUAAAAAAAUUGUUAACAUUAUGAUUUGAAGAAAUAGUGCUAUUCCAUGUCUUACCUCAUGAUUGUGAAAAGAAUGUCACAAUUAUCCUUUAGAAAACAAUGAAACAUGGGUAACACAGUUCAUAACACAACCCUGAUGAAGAACUGGCAACCUUUUUGCAUUACAUUAGCAUGUUUAAUGAUUAUUGUGUGUAAUAAAAUAAAAAAAUGUUGUGAUAGAGCCUUAUAUGCAAGUUAUUUUAAAGAUAGUCAGAGGAAACAAAAUAGGCAUCUGAUCCAUGUAAGGUCAGUAAUGUUAUUCUUUUGCCUCCUUCUGACUUUGCCACCUUGUUUCACAAAAUUUCAUGUGCCAGGAUCUGUCGUCGUCCCCCCCCCCACUCUCCCUGCUCCUGUUCCUACACUACACAAUCUGUUUUCACAAUCUGUUUUUCCCUUUUUUCUUGCCUAUUCUCUCUCUCUGUCUUAUAUAUAUAUAUAUAAAGCUUUUCUUUCCCUGCUAGAUCUCACCCUUUCCACGACUGAGUCCAGCAUCCUCCUCUAAACAUCUGGAUAUUUAUCCACUGCCUUCAAGAGAACUGGUUCUGAAAAAGCCAACACUGGACAUCUCAGAUAUUACAGAUGACUGGGAUCACUUUUCUCCUUUAUUUUUGAAUUCCUCAAAUAUGCUGUGUACUCUCAGUGCUCUACCUUUCUUACCCAGAAGACCCUAACACGUCUGACUAAAUCGGUACUCCCCUUUGGGAAGAUUCAUGCCACUUGAUCAGCUAAACUUUCAACCUCUCAGUAGCCUUCAACAUGGUCAUUUGCAAAAUCUCCUGCCCAUUCACAGAUACAAAGGUCUUAAUGGCAGUGGCAGAGGGACAGUCAUAUAAAGUAUUAUGGAGAGGAUACAUGUCUGCUGCAUGCUAGGUCACCACUAGUGUUCUACCACCUGGUGUUCUGCUGUUACUUUAUACCUGCGAAUGCCACAGAUAUAGUGGUGACGCUUACCUCGUUCCCUUAUUUUUGAAAGUAGGUUGAAAGGUUAAGACACAGCCCUGCUCAAAUAACAUCAUCUGACAAUACAGGCAACCUUGGUGUGCUGCUGUUCAACCAACUAUCCUUUUGUUCUCAUUUUGCUAACCUGACACAAUCAUUCAGGUUUCAACAUCAGGUGGAUCAUCACAAGAGCCACUUGGGUGCUUCAUUAGAACACUUUCCUCUGGUUGUCUGUAUAAAACCUACCUCUUAAAACCUACCUUUUCAUCAAGCACAUUAAUUACGAUUAUUAAAAUAAACCUUGACUUGUACUGUUUGGCUUGAUACCAACUUGUUGUGCAAACUGUUUAGGGCCACUGGAGCAGAGCACAACCUUCUGAUCAGCAGCCAAAUGUCCUGACCACCGGUGGUGGUGCUGGUACACUAAUUAAAGAAAACUUAACUGUACUGUUCUUGUUGCUGUAUAAACUGUGGUCUGUGUAAACUCCUCAGGGACAGUUGUGGUUCAGUGUUAAGAGUCAUGGGAUGCUGUUCAAAAGGUUGCACUCUGCUCCACUAGUGCGCUAGGAGAAUUUUAAACCAUACUUAUAUGUGUGAAUAUAAGUUAACAUAAAGAAUUUUUUGUUUUACCCUUACGUUUUUAUAUUAUGUUCUUUAUGUCCUCUACAAAGCAUGUCUGUAAGCAGCGCUGGAUUAGGGUGUCAACACAUACGAACAAAAAGAGACAAGAAGAGAAGAGUCUUGCAUCAUAAGAGAACUGGUUUUUCAAACACCAUUUUGAAAUUGCACAUCCAUCAACUACCAACCUUAUGCUUCAUAACACUGCUUCCAUGUUUUGGACUUAAAAACUUGUGUUUGGUUGAUCAUAUAUUCAAGAACUGUUAAGGUAUAUUAUAUGGUAUGUUAUAGAAUGAGAAUGAGAGGAGCCCUAGUUUCAGGAAGAACCAUCAGAAGAACGUAGAAAUGUCUAAAUUAUUUACUUAUUUAUUAAUUUAUUUAUUUUGUAAUAUCACCAUGAUGUGUCUUUGGUGUCUUCGUCAGAACACAUUGCACAAUAACGACAUCCUGAGGAUUUAUCAUAAACAUAAACAAACAUUUACAAACACAUCGGUAGAAUAAUAAGGCUCUUGAAAUAUGUAUCGCUUAUUCUGGACUAUUUACAUGGACUGAGUAUAUGUGAUUUUGCCAAGUUCAACAUGGUGCUCAGUUAACUUAACUUAUUAAA